CUUGCUUUGUGUCGUCGUGCUCCACGCGGGAUAUACUGACUCGUGGGGCUAGGGUUGUCUCUCUGCGUAUAAAAAGCUAGGGUCUUCCCCUGACAGGAUGUGGGAUCGUCGUUGAGUUUUGAUUCAGUGGUGUUCUGCUUUGGGAAAUUUCAAAUGGCUCUGUCGCAGAAAGAAGCUGAGGCGACUACUUCCUCGCCGCCAUUGUCGUCGACGGCCUCGUCGGAUCGUGACGAGAACUAUGAAUUUUAUAAACAGCACCAGGGGCUGGAAUAUACCCCGGAAGAGGCGAAAAAGGUGCUUCGGAAGAUCGAUUUUCGGUUGAUCCCGUUGAUGUUUGUGAUUUAUAUGCUGCAGUAUCUGGACAAAAACAGCAUCAACUUCGCAUCCGUUUAUGGUCUCAAAGAAGGGACACAUAUCACCGGGUCACAAUAUUCUUGGCUUGGCUCGAUAUUCUAUUUCGGAUACCUCAUCGCGCAGUGGCCAGCUGGACUCGCUCUGCAGAAACUUCCCCUUGGAAAGGUACUCAGCAUAACCACCCUCGUUUGGGGUGCACUCCUAAUGACAACCCCAGCAUGUCACAACUUCGCCGGAAUCGCAACCAAUCGAUUCUUGCUCGGUUUUGUCGAAGCCAUAGUCAACCCUGGCUUCGUCUUGAUGAUGAGCAUGUGGUACACAUCAAUUGAGCAGCCGCUACGACUGGAGGCUUACUACUGCACUAAUGGUAUUGCCACGAUGUUUGGAGGUCUUAUCGGGUACGCCGUCGGACACAUCACGACUGGUCUGCCGCGGUGGAUGUAUGUGUUCCUCAUUUUCGGCGCGUUUUCCGUCGCGACUGGUGUCAUCGCCUUGCUUCUAUUCCCGGAUCUCCCCUCGACCGCAAAAUUCUUGAACGAGCGCGAAAAAGCCAUUGCGGUUGAGCGAGUCGCCAUCAACCGACAAGGCGUGAAGAACAACAAAUUCAAAUGGUAUCAGGUGUGGCAGGCCGCGCGGGAUCCUAAGACCUGGUUGCUAUUCAUUAUGGCUGUUGGCGCUCAGGUUCCGAACUCAGCUCUCACCAGCUUUACCUCAAUUAUCGUCAAAUCUUUCGGCUUCGACACUCUGGGUACCCAAUACCUACAGAUCCCUGGUGGUGCGGUGCAAUUCCUGGCUCUCCUGAUCGGCGGCAUCGUCGCCACCAAAUAUGGCGACAAAUUCCACUCUCGAAGCGCUUGCAUGAUUGUCGCUAACACGAUUUGCAUCCUGGGAUCCGGCCUUCUAGUUGGAUUGCCAGACUCGAAUAAGUGGGGCCGCUUGGUCGCUCUCUGGCUCUGUUAUUUUCAGGGGUUGGGUUUCAGUAUGAGCUUGACGUUCGUUAGUUCUAAUAUUGCCGGUUAUACAAAGAAGCAAGUCACCGGUGCCUUGUUGUUCACCGGUUACUGCGUCGGAAACAUCAUCGGUCCACAGACGUUCGGUGAUAACGAGGCACCGGGCUAUCAUAGUGCUUAUAUUGCGAUGUUGGUGGGAUACUCCGUCAAGCUGGUCUCCAUCACCGCGCUCUACCUGUACAUGUAUUUCGAGAACAAGCGCAGAGACCAAGCUGCACUGGACGAGAAUAGCGAAGAAGCAGAGGGCAUUGAGAAUGGAAUGCUGGACCAAACAGAGAUUGAUAACAAGGCAUUCCGCUAUGUUCUGUAGAGCUUGGCCAAGCUUUAGGAACCUAAUUGUAUAUAAUGAUCCCUGGAUUGUG